AUGGAGAAUGUCACUGACUUCCUUCUAUUUAUCCUGAGAGGCCUCACAGACAAUGCUGAACUUCAGAUCAUUCUUUUUGUACUAUUUCUAGUGAUUUACCUUUUCACACUAAUGUGAAACGGGGAACUGAUGGCAGCAGUCAUUGGGAAUACCCAGCUUCACAACCCAAUGUACUAUUUGUUGGGUGUUUUAUCAUUCAUAGAUACUUGCUUUUCUACCAUUAUCACCCCCAAAAUAUUAAUAGAUUUCAUGUCAGAGAAGAAAGUCAUUUCAAUCCUUGGAUGUGCAGCACAAAUGUUUCUUGCUGUCAGUUGUGGAACCACAGAAUGUUUUCUCUUGGCAGCAAUGGCUUAUGACCACUAUGAGGCUAUCUACAACCCACUUCUGUAUGCAGUAAGCAUGUCACCCAGAGUCUACAUCUCACUCAUUAUUGGCUCCUUGGCUGGUGGAAUUCUCCAUGCAUCUAUCCAUACAGCAACCACCGCUAGCCUAUCUUUUUGUGGCUCCAAUGAAAUGAAGCAUUUUUUCUAUGAUAUUCCCCCUCUGCUGGCUAUUUCUUGCUCGGACACGAAAGUGAAUGAGCUUCUACUCUUCAUCUUUGUAAGCUCUAUUGAGGUAGUCACUAUCUUGAUCAUCAUCAUCUCUUACAGUUUCAUCCUCUUUGCCAUUCUGAAGAUACAUUCUGCUGAAGGGAGGCAAAAAGUGUUCUUUACAUGUGGCUCUCACCUCACUGGAGUGUCCAUCUACUAUGGAGCAAUCCUCUUCAUGUACAUGAGACCAAGUUCCAGCUAUGCCUUGGAGCAUGAUAUGGUAGUAUCUACAUGUUAUGCUAUUGUAAUUCCCAUGCUGAAUCCCAUUAUCUACAGUCUCAGGAACAGAGAUGUGAAAGAGGCAAUGAGAAAACUUUUAAGAAAAAUGUUUAUGUCUAUAAAAUGA